UAUCGCGUAACCUGGCUCUCCUAAGAUGGCGGCAGGUUUGCCUCUCGGCGCCGCCACCGCCACUCUCAACAUGGUCGUUGUUUGCCGCAGACUUCUCCUCCUCCGCUUAACUUCCUCGUUGUUGUUUUGAAUAAACUUUAUUGAUGACCCCGAAUUGCCCACUACCGCUACCAGGGCUUCUCUCGGCGACUUUUAGGACUGUUUUCCUCUGACCUGACCGCGGUGUCAUCUCGUUCCUCUGCUUGUGGCUGUCUCCUGCCGGCCUGGCGACGGCACCGCUAACCCGUUGGCCGGGCGGCGGUGGGAGUAGGCCCUAGCCACGGUCUUCUGUAGGCCCUAACAGUCGGGCCAGGACUGAGCUGUGGAGAAAGCUUCUCUGAAGAAACCGCUGAGCGUCCCUGGCGCGCAGGACCCAACGGGUGGCUCGAGAGGAAGGCGAGCAAGGUUCACAGCGUUGCCCUGACGAUCCCAGAAUUCGACGCGCGCAGCCGGUGGGGCCGGAACUGCCCGGCAGAGCCUCCGCUGAGCCGCUCUGGAGCUAGCCCAGCCGCCUGCGCGUCGGUGGGACUGAGCUCCAGGGGUGUGAGAAAACCCUGCAGCUUUUCGGGCAAGAGGCUUUUGUAGGGCUCGGGACUGAAGACAUUCUUGUCAGGUUUGGGGUUUGAGGAGGUUCCUGUCAGUUUGGGAGGCGUGAAGAGAUUCUAGUAAGUUUCGGGGGGCUGCGAGGAUAUUCCUGACAGUUUCAGGAUCUAUGAUAAUAAUUCUGUCAGUUUAGGGAAACAAGUACGUCCUUGUCAAUUUGAGGAGCUGUGAGAAGAUGCCUGCCAGUUUCUGAGCGCCAUCCUCCAGAAAGGACGCGUGCUUCAGCUGCCUCCAGCUCCUCUGGACGCUCGGAACCCGUCUGGUAGCCGAACGCUGCAGAACUUGGCGAAGAUGGCCUCUGUGCCGGUGUAUUGCCUCUGUCGACUGCCUUAUGAUGUGACCCGUUUCAUGAUUGAGUGCGACAUAUGUCAGGACUGGUUUCACGGCAGUUGUGUUGGUGUUGAAGAGGAAAAGGCUGCUGACAUUGACCUCUACCAUUGCCCCAACUGUACGGUCUUACAUGGACCCUCAAUUAUGAAAAAACGUCGUGUAUCUUCAAAAGGCCAUGAUUCACAGAAGGGGAAGCCAGUGAAGACUGGGAGCCCUAUAUUCAUUCGAGAACUCCGAAGCAGGACAUUUGUCAGCUCAGAUGAAGUGAUUCUGAAGCCCACUGGAAGUCAGCUGACUGUAGAAUUCCUGGAAGAGAAUAGCUUCAGUGUGCCCAUCCUAGUUAUGAAGAAGGAUGGAUUAGGGAUGACAUUGCCCUCACCAUCAUUCACUGUGAGGGAUGUGGAACACUAUGUUGGUUCUGACAAAGAGAUUGAUGUGAUUGAUGUGACCCGCCAAGCAGACUGCAAGAUGAAACUCGGUGAUUUUGUGAAAUACUAUUACAGUGGGAAGAGGGAGAAAGUUCUCAAUGUCAUUAGUUUGGAAUUCUCUGAUACCAGGCUUUCCAAUCUUGUGGAAACACCCAAGAUUGUUCGGAAGCUUUCAUGGGUGGAGAACUUGUGGCCUGAGGAAUGUGUCUUUGAGAGGCCCAAUGUCCAGAAGUACUGCCUCAUGAGUGUGCGAGAUAGUUAUACGGAUUUUCACAUUGACUUUGGCGGCACCUCUGUCUGGUACCACGUGCUCAAGGGAGAGAAGAUCUUCUACUUGAUUCGCCCAACAAAUGCCAACCUGACUCUCUUUGAGUGCUGGAGCAGCUCCUCUAAUCAGAAUGAGAUGUUUUUUGGAGACCAGGUGGACAAGUGCUACAAGUGUUCUGUGAAGCAAGGACAGACACUUUUCAUUCCUACAGGAUGGAUCCAUGCUGUGCUGACCCCUGUGGACUGCCUUGCCUUUGGAGGGAACUUCUUACACAGCCUUAACAUUGAAAUGCAACUCAAAGCUUAUGAGAUAGAGAAGCGACUGAGCACAGCAGAUCUCUUCAAGUUUCCCAACUUUGAGACCAUCUGUUGGUAUGUGGGAAAGCACAUCCUGGAAAUCUUUCGAGGUUUGCGAGAAAACAGGAGACACCCUGCUUCCUAUCUGGUCCAUGGUGGCAAAGCCCUGAACUUGGCCUUUAGAGCCUGGACAAAGAAAGAAGCUCUGCCAGACCAUGAAGAUGAGAUCCCGGAGACAGUGCGGACUGUUCAGCUCAUUAAAGAUCUGGCUAGGGAGAUCCGAUUGGUGGAAGUAAGAAGCAUGGAAGCAGGGGAGGAUAUCUUCCAACAGAACGUUGGGAGGACGAACAAUAUCUUUGGGCUACAGAGGAUCUUCCCAGCCGGCUCCAUACCCUUAACCAGUCCAGCCCAUUCCACUUCAAUGCCCAUGUCCAGGCUGUCAUUGCCCUCCAAAAGUGAUUCAAAGAAGAAAGUCCUGAAGCCCAAGAAACUCUUCAAGAAGGCAGAGCAAAAGGGCAAAGAGGGCUCAGCCUUGGGGCCUGCUAGCCAUUUGAGCUAUAAUCUCAUGGACACAUACAAUCAUCAGACACUGAAGACAGUCUCUUCCCAGAAAGCAAAGUUCAACAUUGCUGGUGCCUGCUUGAAUGACACAGAUGAUGACUCACCAGACUUGGACCUCGAUAAUGAAGGCCCACUAGGCCUAUUGAUGUCUAAUGGCAGUGUUAAGAGGAUGAAGGGUUUAUCUAAGUCUCGCCGAGCCAAAAUUGCAAAGAAAGCAGAGAAGGCUAGACUGAUAGCAGAACGGGUGAUGGAGGAUGAAUUUGACUGGGAUUCAGAUGAUGAACUGCAAAUUGACGAACGAUUGGGAAAGGAGAAGGCAACCUUGAUAAUAAGACCAAAAUUUCCCCGAAAGUUGCCCCGUGCGAAGCCUUGUUCUGACCCCAACCGAGUUCGUGAACCAGGAGAAGUUGAGUUUGACAUUGAGGAGGACUAUACAACAGAUGAGGAUAUGGUUGAAGGGGUUGAAGGCAAGCUUGGGAAUGGGAGUGGAGCUGGUGGAAUUCUUGAUCUGCUCAAGGCCAGCAGACAGGUGGGGGGACCUGACUAUGCCACUCUCACUGAGGCCCCUGCCUCUCCUAGCACCCAGGAGGCCAUACAGGGUAUGCUGUGCAUGGCCAAUCUGCAGUCAUCAUCAUCCUCACCAGCUACCUCCAGCCUGCAGGCCUGGUGGACUGGGGGGCAGGACCGAAGCAGUGGGAGCUGCAGCAGUGGGCUAGGCACAAUAUCUAGCAGUCCUGCUUCCCAGCGUACCCCAGGGAAGCGACCCAUCAAGCGGCCAGCAUACUGGAGAACUGAGAGCGAGGAGGAGGAGAACGCCAGUAUGGAUGAACAAGAAAGCUUGGGCGCGUGCUUCAAGGACGCAGAGUAUAUCUAUCCAUCUCUGGAGUCUGAUGAGGAUGAUCCUGCUUUGAAAUCUCGCCCCAAGAAAAAGAAGAAUUCAGAUGAUGCUCCAUGGAGUCCUAAAGCCCGUGUGACCCCAACUCUACCAAAGCAGGACCGCCCUGUACGUGAGGGGACACGGGUAGCUUCUAUUGAGACAGGUUUGGCUGCAGCAGCUGCAAAGCUAGCCCAGCAGGAGCUGCAGAAGACCCAAAAGAAGAAAUAUAUCAAGAAGAAACCACUGUUGAAGGAGGUAGAACAGCCUUGCCCUCAAGAGUCCAAUAUUAGUGUGGCAACACCAGCUCCAGCUCCAGUUCCAGCAUUAGGUCCAGCUCCAGUUCCAGCUCCAGCUCCAGCUUCAGCUCCAGCCCCAGCCCCAGCCCCAGCCCCAGCCCCAGCCCCAGCCCCAGCCCCAGCUCCAGCUCCAGCUCCAGCUCCAGCUCCAGGUCUAGUUUCAGCUCCAACUCCAGUCCCAGUUCAAGGUCCAGCUCUAGCUCCAGCCUCAGCUCCAGCCCCAGCCUCAGCCCCAGCUCCAGCCCCAGCCUCAGUUCUGACUGUUACACCCCAACUUCUCACCUCUUCUUCACCAUUGCCUCCUCCGGAGCCUAAACAAGAAGCUCUAUCUGGAAGCCUUGCUGAUCAUGAGUAUACAGCUCGUCCCAAUGCCUUUGGCAUGGCUCAGGCAAACCGCAACACCACACCCAUGGCCCCUGGUGUCUUUUUGACCCAGCGGCGCCCUUCAGGUGGCACCCAGAGCAAUCAAACAGGACAGGGAAAGCGUCCCAAAAAGGGCUUGGCCACAGCAAAGCAGAGACUCGGCCGUAUCCUGAAAAUCCACAGAAAUGGCAAAUUACUUCUGUGAGCUGCCUUAUGUGCUGCUCCUCACCCCUUCACCCCCAUUGCCUUCUCCAUUGUCAACUCUUGGGGCACUCCUGGACCCUAGCUGCCCCAGACAAGGUGCUGAGGCGCAUUGUCCUGCUUUGUUGGAGCUGACCAAAAGCAUGGACUCACCCACAGACCCCUUCACCAACUCCCUCCAAUUCUUUCCUACUUUCUGCAAUCUUUCUCCAUACCUCCAAAAAACAGGUAAAUGGGGAAAGUUUAUAGCAGAAUAGAACCAUCUUUUCUGCUGUCCUAAUCUACUUUGACUGGUUUUGUCUUCCCUUUACUUGUGUCCCCGCAUCUCCACUUAUAGCUGGAGGGCAGGAUGAGGAAAUCCUGGGCCCCUGGGUAUUUCCCUGGUUGCAGGGACCCACACUGUUCAACAUUUUCCACAACUCCAGUCCUGUCUCUGUAAGCCUGCCCAUCUGCCCAUUUCUUCCUGCCCCAUCCUUCUCCCAAUGGAUGUGAUCCAUCUUCAAACUCAUUUAUGGGAGAAGAUUCUGGCCUCUGCCCCCUCUUGCCAAGUACUUCUUGAAGAUAAAGAGGAGGGUCUGGAAUCUCUUUACUACCCUACUAUGGGUCAUUUUCAGAGGUGACCUCAAAAGGCCUUGGGCUGGCAUUACUCAUCCUUGGGAAGAAAGAAUAUUCCUGUAACUUUUCAAGAUGAGGAGAGGACCAAUACCCAAGCCUUUGAUAUAACGUUGUAGCUCAUUGGAACAUGCUGCUUUUGGAUGACUGCAAAUGAAUGCCCCUGUCCCAGGGUGAGCUCUCAGCAUUCACCUGGAUUUUGAGGUCCUGCAAAUAUUAUCCACGUGACAGUAGCUAGGCAUCAGAAGGUGAAUAAAUCAUCUCCAGGAAGCCUAAAAGCACCCAUCACUGAAGGAGAUAACCUGAUCCUGCAGCCUGCUUUCUUUAUCUCUACCAUAGAGCACAGCCUGAACCUUUCAGAGAGGAUGUAGCAGGACAGCACACCCCUGGGUUCUACUGGAGAUCCUCCCUGCUUCUUUCUUCCACCUGAAAACCUCUAAAUCCACAUCUUCACUCCUGGGCCUUUGUAUUCCUGGAUAUCAGAGAGAAGAUGGGCCACCCGGGAGCCAAAGACUAGGGAGAGGCAGCACCUAUCUGCAAAAGAGGAUUUUCUGAUUCUCCCUUCCCCCUUCCCUUUGUGUAUGUCUUGAUUGUUCUGAUAGUGGCCACACCCUCCUUGUCCCUCUCAAUUCCUUGCACAUCUGCCAAACUUGCUUCUCUUACAACCUGGACUGAAUCGGGGGAGUGCCCUCUGCCUCCAUUUUGGUACUGCCCAAGUGGAGUGCAUCCUUGCCAUCUCUCUCCCAAUCUAAUCUCAGUCAUUUUCCCAGUACUACUGGGGAACUUAACAGCUACCAUGAAGGCCACAGGGAAUAUAUGAGGCUUCCCUUUUCAUCUUUGUGUCUCCAAUUUAUCUUUUCUCCACAGCCCAUCUACUGCCCUUCCUUGGAAUCAGGGGUCCCUUAACUCCAUUUACUUUUUCCUGUCUUGGAGAUUCCAAGGGGCCAAGCAGUCCUCCAUCUAGUCACACCAAAGGCCAAAAGCCUGGCUACCUCCCUUCUACCACAUUAGGUGCCCACUCCCCUCCCCUCUGUUUCUGUUCAGCUUUGUUAUUCUUGAGGGUUUCAAACUGAAGGUAGUGAGGGAAGGGAAGGGGAGGGGAAGGAAAGGAAGGGAAAGGAAAAGAAGGGAAGGGAAGAGGGCAGCCUGUGUCCAUGUGUAGUCAAUUGACUGCUGUCACCAAGACUAGGACCCCAUUCCUUCUGUCCAUUAACCACCCCCUUGAUCUUUCAAAGGCAGCUAAUUGUUAGCAAAUAUCCCCACCUACCCCAACCCCCAUUCUAAGCCUCUGUUUCUGUCUUAGAAGAUUUUGUGGGGUUGAAGCCCAAACUCCAUUUGACUGUGUUCUUUCAGUUUAGUUGAGUUCUCAGAGCCUUCUGUUGUUUUGUGUUUCAGAUGAAAAGCAAGUUUAUCCUCAGAGUUAAUGCUUUUCCAAAGAGGCUAGUGUGCUUUUUUUUUCUUUCUUUGUGUUUCAGGGACUAAGUGAAGUGAGUUGGGGAGGGGUUGGGAAUGGUAGUAAUCAAGGUUCAAAACAUGGUGAGAAAAGUUACCUCUGGUCUCUGUAAUCUCCAGAACAAAACUGGGGAUGGAUAGAGGGUAGGGAGAGAGGAUUUCUAUUCACCUUUAAUAUAUUUUUACAAAAAAAGCAAACAAUUUAAAACAAGCCCACCGCUUCUGUACAUGUCUAAAUAUAUUUUUAGAAGUGGGUAGGAUUGUGAAUUUCUGAUGCAGGGCCUUUUUAUAAACAGGUUAGAAUAGCAUCAUACAGAUUUCUGUUGGUUUUUUUCCCCUGUUUUUUUCUUAUGUUGUGUUACUAAUGUAAUUUAUAUUUUUUUUAGAUCCUCCCUUUCCUAUAGAGAUAAAAGUGAUUUAUCUUGGCAA